CUCCCUAUUUCCUAGGGCCACGAGGUUUCACUUCCGGUUGCGGGUGCCCGGGGCCAGAGACGGGACCCGUUCCCAGCGCCGGGGUUGAGGCGAGGCUGCUACCCGCCUGUGUGACCGAGCGACUGAGGCGCACGCGGCCCGCGUCUGAGGAGAGGUCGGGACGGGCAGGGAAAGCAUGGGAAGGACGCUGAGCGGUGAGCUCGACUCCUCAGGGAAGGCGGCCGCGUCGGGGACAGGGAAAAAUCAAGUUUGUGUCUGAGAAUUGUACAGGCCAUCUUCUGACAGUGUCUGAUAUGUGGCUGCAGAUACCUACAUGGUUUCUUACAAAAGAAGUCAUUUUCGUGCCUUCGAACUAAGUCAGAAUUACCUCUAUGAACUUUCACGCAACGCUGUUAUUAAAUGACCCAGACAGACCUUUCCUCUUAUAAUUGUAGCUUUUCAAUCCUGGGAACCUAAAAGAUGGCAACGCCCACUUAUAAAAACAUACUUGAACUCAAUAAAAAUGCUCUCACCUCUCCAUGGAAAGGGCAGUUAAUUAUUCAGGGUUGUUUCCUGUGUGAUGUAACUCUUUGUUCUACUUAUGGCACAGUAAUUCCAGUACAACUGCCACGGGAACUAGAUUUUAAGUAUGUAAUGAAAGUAUCUUCUCUGAAAGAAAGCCUACCAGAAGCUGCCUUUAGAAGACAGAAUUAUUUGGAGCAGAAAGUCUGUUGCCAGGAUUUAUGCUUUGAUUUAUAUGAAGUGGAACUGUCAAACAAACAAGGGGAAAACAUAGAUAAGCUAAUCGAGUACAUUAAAAAUCAGCAAUUGGCAAUCAUCAAAUGCUUAGAAGAUAGGGAAUUUUUCAUUUUACUUACGUCAUCAGCCUUAACACCAGAACCAGAUUUUGGAGAUGAGCAGAUGGGUCUACACGGUUUACAUUUAUUCCACUCACCUCAAUCAACAGGGGCAAAGGACUUAAAAGUUGAAGAUGACAUCUCUCUGAAAGUGAUACCUAUUAUACCCGCCCUUAGUUGUGCACUUCUAGAAGCAAAGAAAUCACUUCCUGAAAAAGGAAUCCCUCCAAACGUCUUAGUAAAGCAUAGUUUCCAAGACCUGUAUAAGGUGGACAAAAGCCUGUCAUUGAUGGCUCCUCAAGAUGGAAUGAGAGACACUGCGUUCAUUAGGAAACUGUCCUAUAGUUUUGACUUGGCACCCCCAGAUGAAAAGUGCCCUUCAGAGUCUCUGAUUCAGUUGAAGAGUUAUUUUUCAGACCCUACUGGCUACACUCUGGAUCUGUCUACUACUUUAGACUUGUUAGCAGAGCAUCCUCAGUGUCCUCGUAUUUCAGAUGGGAUUUGUGAUGCUGGAUUUUCUUUAGUUAUGGCUUCAGAUCCUGAAUUUCUUGACUCAGAGAUGGAAGUAAGAAAAGAAACUGAAACAACAAAAAAAUCUGAGAAAAUGCUUAGAGUGAAGAGAGCUGUGGCUCCAUUGACUCCACCUUCAAAUCUGAGAGUUCAGCCAAAGAGAAAGGCCAGCACAUCAGCUGUUACGCUUCCAAAUAAACGAGUAAGCCUGGGCCGCCCCCUUUCCAAAAGAACUGCGCCCAGGGCAGACAGCGGAUCGUGCAUCCCAACUCUUAAGUUAGUUAAAGGGCAGUUUCCUCAGAAGAUAAAAAGAGGUGCAGAAGUGCUGACUGCACAAUUUGUACAGAAAACCAGACUGGAUAGGAAAAAGCGUGAAGUUUCUGUCUCUAAAGAUGCUCCAGUAGCUACAAAUGCGAAAAGAGCAAAGAAACAAGAGAAAUCUCCAGGUAGAGUUGUUUCCCGGCCUAAACCACCUGUGAAAAAGUGUCCCCCAAAACAAAAGGUAAAUGUAACAAGAGGUCGUCGGAAUUCCAAAACCAGAAAGCAGCUGCAUCCUGCUGAAAAAGACAUUACUUUACAUCUUCAAUCAGAAAUUUCAUCAAAUGGCCAGAAAGAUGGAAUUAACCUAAGUACUGCUCAACAAGAAAGUAUUGCAAUGAUUCCUAAAGGUUUUCCUGAAAACUCGAUUAUCAACUGUGACUCCCAGGCCUUAAAUAUGUUAGCUGAUCUGGCAUUAAGCUCUGCUGCUUCUUCCAUACCACCUUGUGAGCUUAGGAACCUUCCCAGUGUCUCUGAAUUGCCACAAAACAAUGUUUUACUCUCUAAAGAAAAUUCAUUGCACAGUACCUCUGACCAUGAAUAUCAUAGGGGAGUUAAAAGUCAAAAAGGUGUUCUACUAACUAAACCAUCUUCUGAUGAGAAGCUUAAUUCAGAGUCAGAUUUACCUGUUAGCCAAGAAGAAAAUUUGGUACCUUUUGCUCAGUUUCUUACUAUUGCCCAGUCAGUACCCUCUGAGGAAGGCCAAGAAUCCUCAGAUGCAAGUCAAAACUCUGUUGCUGUGGAACAUUCCUAUGCCUUGCUUCUUGCUGAGCAGUCAAAGAAACAUCUGCAUCAGAGGAAGUUACCAAGCCCUGCUUUUGCAAAGAAUGGGGCAAAAGGCCCCGAAGCUGGAACUCCUAUAGGAAAGGUCAUGCCAUUUCGGCAUCUUCAGAACACCUCUCCUCUACAAAAGCUUUCUGAAGAUUCAUUGACUAAGCGCAAAAGUCUGUUCGUGUCUUCCAGUCUCAAAGAUUUUUUUUGCUCUCAUACGGUUCUUAGUUGUGAUGGCUCCUUUAAGAUCACUUUCAAAUGUGAAGGAGAAUAUGCAUUCAGCUUAGAUAGCAAAUACACCAGCAACCCUCUGGAGAAAACUGUUGUGAGAGCAUUACAUGGACCCUGGAACACUGAUUGGCCUGAAAAUAUGGAAGAUGUGAAGCUUUUACUUCAUAUGUGGGUAGCUCUGUUCUACAGCAAACAGAACAAAGUCAUGGGGUCACCUCGAAAGGUGGUAGAACACAGAAACCCAGCAAAAUACGUAUGCAUCAAUAGGUCUAUAGAAUCUUUUGACCAAAGUGAAAUUGAGGAGUUUCCCAGUGUGGAACGAUAUUCUGAAGACUCUCUGUUGGAGAACAAGGAAACGUGUGAAGGUCAUGCCACCAAUACAACCUUUCCUGGACCUAACUGCAUGCUUCCUUUCGUUAAUCCACCAACCACCAGAGACUUGGAACUCUGUGUACAGAAUGAACAGAAAGAAAUAUUUACAGGAGAGAGUCACCCGGAUACUUCAGGAAGCCAGAAUUUCAUCCAUUCUUGUAAUAAUGAGGUAACUGGAGGUAAAGACAAACAAGAAUUAUCAGAUAUACCCGAGACUUCUAAUGUUGGGCUCUCUGAUGUCACAUGUGCCCAAAGUAAUGGAUCUUGUAUUCCCAGUGAAGAUAAGACCUUCCCGAACACAACAGCUUAUGAUGGGGCCGGCAGUGAGGCAAUGAUGUGUCACAAGUCUGUGUUGAGCACCCUUGAGAACAAAGUUGAUACUUUUCAUCCAUCACUGCUGAUAAAAACAGGUGCUGUACAGGAUGCCAUCCAGGAUAGUAGCCCCAUCAAUAACAAAUGUCCGCCCUCUGCAGAAAGGACAGAUGAUAACGUGGAAUAUAUGAUGAUUAAUCUGGAGCCGGUUACUCUUGCUCUUGAAAAAGCUGCCUGUGUACCAAUACAUACAGAAGUAAAUACAGCUGACAAACCUACAGACUUUAGUACUGAUCUGGUUAAACAAGUGUCCCCUGCCUUGAGUAUUCAGUAUCCUGUGUCUAAAUUGGAAGAGGCACAAACACAGUGCCCUAGGGACAUUCCUUCUCUUGCCAUUUCAGAGUAUAGAGAGAGUAAGUGCCUUUCUGCCUCCUCCCUAGAAAUGGAAACAGCUUCUGAAAGCCUGUGUCCAUUACAGAAAGAGAUUCCUCCUCCGACAUCAGCUGAUGGAUUGAUAACUGAGGCACUGCCUUUAGUUAAAAGUUCUAGCUAUUCAUUAGCCAGUAACAAAACAAAAUGUCCACAAGAUGCCUCUCUACAGACUCAGAAUGGCUUCAGCAUGUCUAUAAAUGAGGUUCUAGAACCAUCACAAGUUAAAGUAGUAUCAUCAUCAACCUCUGCUACUCUGGGAAACAAACCGUCCCUUAACUGUAUUCCAGCAAUAUGUAAUAUAUCAGAUGGUCCCUCAGAAGUACGGAUUAAUGACAAGAGUAGUCUAAACCAAGAAAAGACUUUGCAAAUACUUAAUUCAGUAUUUCCCAAACAAGCUGAUCUAUCUAUGAAUAGGGAGGAGGUUAGCAUGGAGUUGUCAGGGGAAUAUUCUGAUACUAACCCAACUUUAACGGUAUUACCACCUACAAACCCCAGGGAGGAAAUGGCAGCUGGUGAAAUCGAACAAUUGCAGAAGACCCCAGUGUCAAAUUUAGGGCUGCAGAGUAGAACUGAAGAAGAGGUUGAACCAGAAGUACAGGUGAACCUCAUAAAAAACAAAACAAUAAAUUCAGCUAGCUAUAUCUCAGUGUAUGCUGUGGACCCCAGAGAACCAUUAAAAGAGACACAAAGCAGUGAUUUAAAGCCAGGUACAUUAAUACUUUCUAAAGAAAAUUGUGCCCCUAAGGUGGCAGAGGAAAUUAACAUUCCCUCAGACUUUCCCUUUGGUACGCUAAUAGAAGAAGUAUCACCAGCUUCUAGUCCUGAUCCCAUAGUACAAACUGAAGAAACACAACCCACUCCAUGCUUAAAACUUCAUGGUACACAGUCUGAGAAAAGUAGCGAGUUCUCCCAGGUUAAGUCAGGAGAUUUAACUAUAGCAGGAAAAGAAAAUUCUUUUGUGGGUCCUAAGACUUCAAUGGGACAAAAUAAGUUAACUCAAGUACAAGUGCAGCUCUCUGCAGAAAUGCCACAGGUACUAACCAGUGCAGGAAGAGAAGGCAGAGUAACUGUACCCAGUGAGAUAGCUGAGUUCAGUGUCCCAAGUGAGCAGGAUGAGAGUUUAUCUUUUUCAGAAAAGGUACAGUGCCAGGAUACAGAGUUAAACAAGCCUACCUCACCCCCUAAAUAUGGAGGUAACUUCAAGCCUCUUGGAAAACUUUUAAAAUCAGGGAACUCAUUGCAGGCAAUUUGUAUGGAGAACAGAAAUCUGGGCAUAAAACCUUUUGCCCUGGAGUCCGUUGUACCCUUAUGUAGUACUAGAAAAAUUGUUGAAAAUAAGUCUUUGGCAGACACAUUGGUUUCUAUCCCCAGUGUAAGUGAAAUAGUAAAUAUGUCAUUAAAACACACUAGCUCUAAAAACAGUAAGAAAAAUAGCUCUGAUUUUAAAACAGUGGCUGAUAUUAAUAUGCAGCCUGGGUCCGUGAACUCUGCCUCCAUUGACAAAACUGAAGAGUUUGUUUCUUCCUGUGACAGUGCUCAGUGCACCUAUUACACAAAACCAGUAAGUGUAGAGCCAGGGUUUCAAACACAAGAAAUACCAGUAGUUAGAAUGGCCAGUUUACUUCAGAAUAUUGGAACUGAAUUACGUGAAGAAAGGAUGGAUCUCAGUGCUGUUGGCCUUCACUCUCACUCCACAUCUACAAAAGGUGAACAAAAAACAAUCUGUGUGCUCCAGGACACAUCAAAAUGUGAAGAGAAAAAGCCCUUGAAUGAUGGAGUUUUCUCCCAAAAUGUUCGUUUUUACCAAAAUACAGCAGACAUAAGUAAAGGUAUCAAUGAAGAACCUUCUGUUUCCUUUGUCGCAGAAUCCCUUGACUCUGUUUGUGACAUCUACAAAGAACAUACUGCCAGUGAAAACCCUAAUAUGGGACAUAAACCCAAGGCAGAUUCUAAAGCACUGAGCAGGAGUACAGAGAUAAGUGUGAAUGCUUCCACAUGCUAUGAACCACUUUCUGGAGAUACUGACCUGGAUUCUCUAGAUUGUAGAAACUACAAAUUAGAUGUAGAGAAUUUGUGUACUUUGGGAGGUAGUCAUGCAAGCCACAAAGAUGCUGUAAAAGGUAGCAGUGAUUCUUUUACAGGCUUACACAACAGUGACACUUGGGUCAACUCCAGCAAAAUUUCAGAGCUGGAGACACAUGUUCCACCCAGAAGCUGGGACACAGAAUCGUGUCCUAUCUCAACAAAUGAUAAGUGUAUGCCACGCUACAUCCAGAUCCCAGGUUCCAGUGGUAGCUCCAGGACUUACGCUAACUUUACUAUAACAAAAGAAUCCAAAGAUACCACAAGAACAUUGCAUAGCCUGAAGAGGCAUCGGAAUUUCACUGCAAAUUGCAAUAGCCUUAGCUCCUGGACUAGCACUUGGCAUGUGACAGAUGACCUCACGCAGAAUACUUUAGACCUGGAGUACUUGCGUUUUGAUCAUAAGCUAAAAGAAAUACUAAAGAAGGGAGAUUGUCAGCCAUCUUCCCUUUCCACCAACAUCUUCCCUAAGGAGUCACUUAUCCGAAUCUCAGUUGAAACAUGCCCUUCAACACAAACAUCUGAUGCCUCGCUUCUGCAUCUUCCACCUAAGAGCAGAAGCCCCAUCUUAGUAACAGUUGUACACUCAGACACCAGGCCACAAAGUCAUCGUAGAAGAGACCACUCGCCUAGCAAUCUAGACCAUUCCUCCUUUUGGAAGGAGAAACAUAGUCAAAGUAGAAAUCCUGAAAGAAAUCAGAUUAUUCCAGUCCAUCUCAAUAAACUGAAAUACAACAGUACUUUGAAAGAAGCUAGAAGUGAUAUUUCACUUAUUCUAAACGAAUAUGCUGAAUUUAAUAAAGUUAUGAUGAAUAGCAACCAAACUGUUUCCCAAGAUAAAGAGUUAAAUGUAGCUUCUGUAGAAGCUUGUCCACAGGAGACAUGUCAGCCAAGACAAUCGGUAUCCUACAAAGAUGUGAUCACGGACUUGUGUGCCACUCUGCAUAUCAAACUAAAAGGAGUUAUGAGGGAGGCUUGUAAGAGCCCUUUCAGGUUCUACCUCGUUGAAACAGAAGAUAAGUCAUUCUUCUUAAGAACAAAGAGCAUUCUAAAGAAAAGAGGCCAUACAGAAGCGGAACUUCUAGAUUUCUGUCAAGCCUUUCAAAGAGAGACUGAGACACUAUUAGUUAUCAUCAAAAAUGAAGACAUAAUAUCACAUUUGCAUCAAAUUCCUUCUCUGCUGAAGCUGAAGCAUUUCCCCAGUGUCAUUUUUGCCGGGGUAGACACUCCUGAAGACAUUCUGAAUGAUACCUACCAAGAGCUGUUUCGCUCAGGCGGCUUUGUGGUAUCGGAUGGUGACAUACUAGAAAAUUUAACAUUAGUUCAACUGAAGGAAAUUGUCAAAAUCCUGGAAAAACUAAAUGAAAAUGGAAGAUGGAAGUGGCUGCUUCACUACAGAGAGAAUAAAAAGCUCAAGGAAGAUGUCAAGGUAGAUUCAAUUGCGCAUAAAAAGAACUUAAUUUUGAAAUCAUACCAGAGUGUAAAUAUCAUUGAAUUGCUUCAUUAUCAUAACUGUGACUCUCCAUCACCAACAAAAGCUGAAAUUUUGAAAUGUUUGCUAAACCUGCAAAUUCAGCAUAUCAGUGCCAGGUUUGCUGUCUUCCUAACAGACAAGCCCACGGCAUCCCCGGAAGUCUUUGAAAAUAGUGGAAUCCUUGUUACAGAUGUAAACUACUUCACUGAAAAUAUACAAAAUAUAGCAGCUCCAUUUAGGAGUAGCUAUUGGUGAUUUAAACUACAUUUUGGAGUUGAGGCUAGGCAUGGAAGACGCCAACAAUAAAUUAGUAUUUUCCUGUGUCUGAAAAACUUCAAAUACAUACAAACAAUCCUCAUCUGAAAAAAAUCCAUGUUUCGUUUUUAUACUUUGCUAGAAUGUCUCAUUUAUCAGACCAUAUUUGCCAUUAGAUUUGGGUUACAACAUUGAGUACUGUUGUAAAAUUUUCAUUCUAAAUAUAAUGCCUUCAAAACUAUUGAGCUUAAUAUUAAAAUUGAGACCUUCACAUGUUUACCUAGCUAAAGUAAAAUCUAUUUUAACAAAUAGCCAUUUUUGCGUGUGGUUAGAGGCUUAUGAAGUGCAUGUUUCAGAGGUUUUACCACAUUGUAAAAAAGUAUAAUCUGUAAUGGUUUUGUUUGCUAUUGCCUAAGAAACACUACAAAGAGAAAAACCAUUUUUUUUGUAAAUCACAAAUUUAUACACUUUUCCACUUACUCGGUUUUUUUUAAUGCUGCACUACAAAAAAAAUCAAUCUGAGGAAAUUAUUUAUGAUAUUAGAACUUUCUUAAGUCUUUAAAAUAUACACAAGAAGAAACCAUUUGUACACUAUCUAUUUGGAACAAAGGAUUUUAUACAUAGUUUGGGGUUAGGUUGGUUGUUUUGGUUUUUUUUAAUUUUUUUUUUUUAAAUAAAGAAUUAAAAUGCA